AUGGGACUGAGUCAGUCCUGGUUGCCAUUACAAAUGAAUUUCAACGCCAGUUUGGUAGCGGCGGAUCGGCGCUACUGCAGCCACCUUGCUUUCCAUCUCCAAGCCAAACCAUCCUUGGUGGCCCUUGGGGACACUCUUCCUUUCCGCACUACUGCUUACCUGUCCCAGGUGAUCCUCCCUCGGAUGCAGGGUGCGUGUGCGGAUGCCCGGCCGGGCCCCCUCCCACUGCUAUUGGCCCCCCCACCGGAGGUGCUGGGCACAGUCCUGAGUGAGCACUUCGGCCCACUGCCCGUCAUGGCCCCCAUCACGCGCAUGAGGAGGAAGCCCUCCGGGCACUACUUCCCUACCGAGAACCGAGAGCAAGUCCUGGGCCGCCGGCGGGCUGCCAAUGCCAAGGAGAGGGAGCGGAUCCGGAAUCUGAACAGUGGGUUCUCCAAGCUCAAGUCCAUUGUGCCGCUCAUCCCAAAGGACCGGAAGCCCAGCAAGGUGGACAUGCUGAAAGCAGCCUCCGAAUACAUCCGCCUCUUGCGCCUGAUUCUGGAAGAGAACCAGGGCGCUGAGGAGGUGGGUCCGCACUCAUAUCCAUUGCCAUGGCCCGAUCCAGUGCCAGACACCACCCAGAACAGCCUGCCAACGAGCGCUCCACCUCCUGGCUGCUACGUCAAAGCGGAGAGUGGUGUGGAAGUGGUCUGGACAAACCCCGUGGUGGAGACUGCAGCUGCUUCGUGUCCCUGGGGCCAAGCCCUCUUGCCCACUUACGUCGGGAUUGUGGAGCUGCACAAAAAUGGGUAG